AUGGAAGCGGAUAAUAUCACCUCAGCACCCUUCUCCUCCACAGCUGGAGUUAAAAAGGCCAAUGUUCAUCACAACGAAAAUUCAGGAGUGAUAGAUCAGGAUGAUCAAGAGCUUGGCACCUUUGCAGAUUUUGAGAAGCAGAAAACUAUCGAGGGAGAAGCGAAGUUCCAUCGCUUAGGCUGGAAGCGCAUGACAGUGAUUCUCAUUGUUGAAGCCAUAGGCUUGGGUACUUUCAGCCUGCCUGCCGCCUUUGCAACACUUGGAUUAGUCCCGGGCAUUAUCUGCUGUAUUACUCUGGGAUGUGUGGUCAUUUAUACUGGAUAUAUUGUUGGAAAAGUCCAAAUUCUUUACCCGGAAAUCAAACAUUAUGGAGAUAUUGGCCGCUUGGCGAUGGGUCGUUUUGGGGAAGAACUGGUAGGUAUAUUGUAUGUGCUCCAGCUCACUCUUAUGACAGCAUCCUAUUGUCUCACGGGUACGAUUGCUUUCAAUAUCUUGAGUGACAAUGGGGCUUGUGAUAUGGUUUUCGGUCUAAUAACGGCUAUUAUAUUAUUUCUUCUUGCCCUGAUGCCAUCUUUUACUGAAGCUGCCAUAUUAGGCUAUAUUGAUCUAGCAUCGGUGAUGAUUGUGAUUGGUAUUGCUAUUAUUGGUUCUGGAGUGCACGCCACACACCUGCCAAGUGGUAUUUACGCCGUGGAUUGGUCAAUAUGGCCACCCAGUGAUACUACUUUCAAAGAUGCGAUGGUAGCAAUCUGUAACAUUAUGUUUGCCUACAGCUUCUGCAUGUUCAUAACCCCAUUUAUGUCUGAGAUGCAUACCCCAACAGAUUACGUGAAGUCUAUCUGGUGGCUAGGUAUAAUCGAAAUGGUGGUGUAUACACUCAUUGGUGCUCUCAUUUUUGUUUUUGUUGGCGCGGAUGUCCAAAGUCCAUCCUUGCUCUCAUUACAGGGACUGCUUCCAAAGAUAGCAUUUGGAUUUGCACUUCCUCUCAUAUUCAUCUCAGGGGCGAUUGGUAACACAGUGACUGCCCGAUACAUUCAUUCUCGACUUUUCAAGGACUCCGUCAUUCGCUUCAUCAACACUCCAAUGGGAUGGCUUACUUGGAUUAUGGUUCUGGCUACAGCUACUGUUGUUGCCUGGAUUGUGGCUGAAGCUAUCCCGUUCUUCGACGACCUCCUUGCUAUUAGCUCAGCCGCUCUUAUAUCUGGAUUUGUCCUCUACUUUCCGGCUGCAAUCUGGUUUAUCCUUAUUUGCAAGGGAGAAUGGUACGAGAGAGAGAAUUACAUACAUGCCAUUGCUUGUGGCUCUAUUUUUGGCGCCGGAUUGCUUGUACUUGGAGGGGGACGUAUGCCAGUGUCCAAGACAUCGUUAGUAACCCCCCCUCCAACCAAAAUCUAUCUUAUUCAGUAA